AUCUCAUCUCAUCAAUUCACAGAAUUUAUUUUGUCGUCAUCUUUCUUUCUUGUGAAAUCUGUAUAAAUUUUAAUUAUUUAGUUAUCGUCGUCGUCGUCACCUUAUCUGCAUCUGCACCUUAAUAGUUACCUUAAUUAUAAGAAUAGUUAGCUAACACAAACUUUUUUUUAAUGUUCCUCUCCUCCCGUUCAGCCCGGCUCGCCACAACAGCGACCCGUAAUUCCUACCGGAUAACUGCUUAUCGUCUCUUUUCAUCAGUUAGUGGAUAUGGGAAUGCGUUUCGAUAUGAAGCGGUUAUCGGUCACAGCAAACAUCGAUCCAUCUCCGCUGCGGGGAUCACAUCACUCAAUCAAAACCUGAGAAGAUACUCUUCCAAUAAACGGGACGAUGAUAAUAAUAAUGAUGAUAAGCCAAAGAAGAAGGAUGAGGAGCCGGAAAUCAAAAAGAAAGAAGACUCUCCUAAAGAAACGGAGAGCGAAAACCACACCUACAAUCACCGACCUACCGGCCCGAUAACCGCGGUGACGAUUAAACCAACCCCACAAAUCCUCCCAGCAGCGAUGCAAGUUCCAGAAGAGUUUCCGUACAUGCCAAUCGUCGCAAUCAGUAGAAACCCAGUGUUUCCUCGUUUCAUUAAAAUCGUUGAGCUCAGCGAUACUCGACUGAUUAAUUUGAUUCGGAGAAAAGUCAAGCUGGGCCAGCCUUAUGUUGGCGUUUUUUUAAAAACGGAUGCCAACAAUGAUAAAGAAGUCGUCUACUCUGUCAAGGAUUUACACUCGGUCGGAACAUUCUGUGGCAUCGUUGAAAUGCAGGAUAUGGGCGAUAAGUUGAGAAUGAUUGUUAUGGCGCAUCGAAGAAUAAGACUAAUCGGACAAAUGGUUCUUGACGAGAAGGAACUCGAAGCUGAAGAAGCUGCCCUCGCACAAUCACAACAAGCACAAAGUGGAUCCGAUACUCUUAACAGUUUGUCAACCGAGAAGAACGGGCGACGGAGGAGGAAACGCCGUGUCGCAGUUCACUAUGGGAAUAAUGGGACGGUGGAGAACGGUGAGGGUGUGACCUCGUCCGACCACCAGUCUGGCGGAGAUGUGGCUUCCUCCACUUCCGGUGGUGGAGAAAGUGCAGCCACUUCUUUGCUUGAGGAUCCAGCUGAACCUGAAUAUGAACCUGUUCCAGUUCUCAUGAUUGAAACGGAGAACGUUAAACCGUUAAAGUUUCAAGUGGAUACGGAAAUUAAGGCCUUAGUUCAAGAAGUAAUUCGCACAAUUCGAGAUAUCAUGCAGCUAAAUCCACUCUACAGAGAGUCCGUUCAGGCCGUGAUCAUGCAGGGGGAUCGAGUCGUGGAGGAUCCCGUUUAUUUGUGCGAUCUCGGAGCGGCAAUUACGUCCGCGGACAAUCCCGAUUUCCAAAAAGUUUUGGAGGAACGAAACUUAAAAGAAAGGCUCAUGACGACGCUCAACAUGCUCAAGAAGGAGCUCGAGUUGAAUCGAAUUCAGCAAAAGAUUGGAAAAGAGGUCGAAGAGAAGGUCAAACAGCAGCAUCGAAAGUACAUGUUACACGAACAACUCAAAGCUAUCAAAAAGGAGUUGGGAAUCGAAAAGGAUGACAAGGACACGAUCGAGGAGAAAUUCAGGGCGAGAUUAAAGGGUAAAACCAUUCCUCAAGCGAUAUCAGACGUUAUUGAGGAAGAAAUUGGAAAAUUAAGGUCAUUGGAUUCUCACGCGUCUGAAUUCAACGUAACUCGAAACUACGUCGACUGGCUGACCAUCCUCCCGUGGGGAAUCACCAGUGAGGAGACGCUAGAUUUGGACAAGGCGAGUGGAAUAUUAGAUGAAGAUCAUUACGGGAUGGAAGAUGUGAAAAAGAGGAUUUUAGAAUUUAUUGCCGUGAGUAAAUUGAGGGGUUCGACGCAAGGGAAAAUUCUAUGUUUUUACGGACCUCCCGGCGUGGGCAAGACAAGCAUUGCGAAAUCUAUUGCAAAGGCGUUAAAUCGCGAGUAUUUCCGCUUCAGCGUUGGUGGUAUGACGGACGUUGCUGAAAUCAAGGGUCACCGUCGCACCUACAUUGGCGCCAUGCCUGGCAAAAUGAUCCAAUGUUUGAAGAAAGUAAAGACGGAAAAUCCACUCGUUUUGAUUGAUGAGGUGGACAAAAUGGGACGCCACAGUUACAUGGGCGAUCCUACUUCCGCUUUAUUGGAGUUGCUCGAUCCGGAACAAAAUGCUAACUUUUUGGACCACUAUUUAGACGUGAAUGUUGACGUGUCGAAAGUCCUCUUCAUCUGCACGGCAAACGUUACUGAAACAAUUCCUGAACCACUUAAAGAUCGCAUGGAAAUGAUUGACGUUUCUGGCUACGUUUUAGAAGAAAAGUUGGCCAUCGCUCAAAAAUACUUGAUCCCACAACUUAUCCAAAGCACUGGACUGAAGGAUGCUAAGGUCACAAUAGACGAGCCGGCACUGACCAAAUUAAUCCACGCUUACUGCAGAGAAAGCGGGGUGCGAAACCUGCAGAAACAUAUCGAAAAGGUACUUCGUAAAGCGGCCUACGCCCUAGUCAAGGAAAAGGUUGAAGCCGUCACUGUAACGGAAGAGAAUAUUGAGAAAUUCGUCGGAAAACCAGUCUUUACUUCGGAUCGAUUGUACUCUGAAACGCCGCCCGGUGUCGUUAUGGGAUUGGCCUGGACCGCGAUGGGAGGAUCGACCUUGUUCAUUGAGACCUCUCUGAGGAAACCAGUCCCCAGCGAAGGCCCCAUGAAAGACGGCUCCCUCGAAGUGACCGGCCACCUCGGCGACGUGAUGAAAGAAUCGACCCGAAUUUCCUACACCUUUGCGAAAACUUUCCUCUCCGACCUCUCCCCCACCAACAACUUUCUCAUCAACUCUCACAUCCACCUUCACGUGCCGGAAGGAGCCACACCAAAGGAUGGACCCUCUGCCGGAGUCACCAUCGUCACAGCCCUCCUCUCCAUCGCCAUGGACAAGCCUACCCGGCAGAAUCUCGCUAUGACGGGGGAAAUCUCCCUCACCGGCAAGGUCCUCCCCGUUGGUGGGAUCAAGGAAAAGAUCCGUGCGGCUAAACGCGUCGGUGUCAACUGUGUCAUUCUUCCAGCCGAGAAUAAAAAAGAUUUCGACGAUCUACCAACUUUUAUUAAGGACGGAUUAGAAGUCCAUUUCGCCAAUCAUUACAGAGAUGUUUAUGACAUUGUUUUCAAUUCUAGUUAGUAGUUAAUUAGUUAAUUGCAUAGUUUGUUAAUAGUAUUUUUGAAAGAAUUUAAUAUGUAUAUGUAAUCUAGUUAAUACUGUUGACACUUUUUUGUUCAAUGUCUGUUUAAUAUUUUGUAUAGAUACGUACAAUGAUUAUGCAGAUUUUAUCUGUAGAUUUACGUACCAGAGUCAAUAAUUGUUGCUUUAAUAACGUGGGUUUUUUUAUAUAAAAAAAAUAUUUGCAGAAAAUCUCU